UAUUAUUGGGGUAAAAGCAAGUGAUGGUCAACUGUUACUGAAAAACUGAAUGUCCUACCCACAAAUUUUACAGAAGGUAGUGUCGGUGCAAGAUAUAGUAGAUGCCAGUUAUUCAGUUCACACAUGCAGCUAACUAAAGGCCCAAAGGAAAGUGCAGAGAAGAAGCAAAGGGAUGGCUUCCACAUGCAAUGCUACAAGUCAGGUAGGCCAUCAACAAGACUUGAGUUAUGACAAUGUUCAGAGAGUUGUGUGUGUCCCUUCCACACCUAAUAAAAAUGUUACUAAUCCAACUAAGUCAGUUUCUCAUCUGCUAAACUAAAGGAAGACUAUCGGCAACUGAACAUGCUGGCCAGAUUUCCCCAUCACAAUCAGAAGUCUUGUCUGCCAAUAUAUCAUUGCACGAUAGCUAAGAAACUGACGCCCAUGAGUUGAACCCAGUUUGCAUGGGGUCCUCGUGCUGCUAAUCCACUAAGCAUGUCAGUGGCGGUUCCUGGUGAUGCACCCGGCACGCACCAAACAGUUGGCUCAAAUCAAUAUCCAAUCUCAAUAGCAUUGUCCCUGAUCUGCUUGCGACAUUGCACGUACCAGACUCAUGGCGCUGUCCCCUUACCAAAUACCAAUGAUGCUUGUCAGUGUCCUACUUCCCUUGGGGCUCUAGCUAUAAAAUCUUGAUUCAGUGUGGCCUCCAAACAGCAUCGCUUCACCACAAACAAAGCAUUGCAACUCAAGUAGAGUCCCCAGUUUCCACCUUUCGGAAGGACCGAACAUGGUCAGUGCCAAGAGAAUCGCUCAACUAGCAAAGAAGUGGCAAAGGGUAGCAUCCCUCAGGAGGAAGCAGCUUACCACGACGGCGACAAAAGAAGCCGAAUGUUGCUCAAUGGCAGUGGCAGGCAAAGGCUGCUGUGUCAUGUACACAGCUGACGGGAGGCGGUUUGAGGUGCCAUUGGCGUACCUUGGCACACUGAUCUUCAGAGAGCUCCUCCAUAUGUCUCAGGAGGAGUUUGGUUUUGUAAGCGGUGAUGGCAGAAUCACGUUGCCCUGUGAUGCCACGGUGAUGCAAUACAUUAUGUUCUUGCUUGGAAGAAAUGCUUCGGUGGAGAUUGAGAAGGCAUUCUUGAGCUCCAUGAUGAUGCCAUGCCACUACACAAGCUCUGUAGCACCAUCUCUGGGUGUUAACCAACAAAUGGCUGUUUGCAGCUCCUAAUUUUCAUCAGUUUAGUGCUUGACUGUAAAUUAGUUUGAUAUAGAUACAAGGACAAUGUAAACUGGGCACUCUCUUCAUAUUUCAAUUGGAGUCUUCGGCAUUCUUUC